AUGCCGCCCAGGGGGUUGCUGUUCUUCCUCUCCAUCGCAGCCCUGCAGUUGGUGAGCAGAAGCGACAAGACCUUCAGUAGGGUGGAGGAGCAGCUGAGCUGGCAGGACGCCCUGAAGCACUGCCGACUAAACUACACAGACCUCGCGGACCUGCAGAGCAUGAACAGCCUCAGUGCCUUGACGACCAUUUACUCCUUCCUCACCACCACCGACGCAUGGAUCGGCCUCUUCUUCGACUCGGCCAUUAAUGGCCUGAGCUGGUCCAGUGGCUCCCUCUUCAGUGACCCAGGGUGGAUACAGCUGCCCGCCUUCCGCAAGGGCAUCUGCGCCACUAUCUCUUUCAUAGUUGGCCCUGUCAUAACCCCCUCCUCGUGCACAGAGAAGAAGCCAUUUCUCUGCUACUAUGACCCUGAUGUAGGCCACCGCAUGUCCUUGACAGCCUCGCCUCGCCUGACUACUGCUCUCAAGUCAGCUGAGGUCCAGAUCGGCCAACAGACCUUCACGUGGUUUGAACAAAGAAUGACGUGGUCCUCAGCCCUGCUCUACUGCCGCAGACACCACACGGACCUGGCUGACCUGCAGAAGGUGAUAGGUGAGGCCGACAGGGAGACUUUGAGAUCCAUCACCAAGGAGACCGAAGCCUGGAUCGGCCUCUAUUUCAACGCAGCCUCCAGGUCUCUGAGCUGGACCAGCGAUUUGGGUACCAGCAUCCCCAGCUGGUUGCAGGUGCCCACAUUUGGGACGGGACUGUGUGCAGGCCUCCGAACCUACGCUGACUUCCCCCCCAGGGUUUACUCAGUGAUCUGCUCUUUCCUACAACCCUUCAUCUGCUUCUAUGGACAGGACCCCGUUGGUCACCGCCCAGAGCGCAUCCUCAGGCUCCACUUCCCAGACUACGCCAGCACAGAGCCCCGCUGGUCCUGCAUCCCCGGGCAGCCUCAAUCUCCCCCAGGAAGUGACCAGAACUCUAGCCGGCUCUUUGAGCCCUGCUGA